CCCACUGAGAGGAUAAGACACGGAAGGCAGGGAGGGAAUCUCUCUUUUUCUUUUUUUGCCUGCCUAUCCAUCCUAUCAAUCCUAAACCGGCCGGAUCAGAUAGACAAACAGAUAACCAGACAGACUGGGUGUACACACAUACCUGCAGAGAAACAAGUGUAAACAGCCAUAAUGUUUGGUUAUGGGCGCAAGAAUUUUACCUGGAAUGGAACUCUGAGAGAGCUGGAGGGCAGCUACCCAGCCUUCUGCACAGAGCGAGGUCGACCAAGUAUGACAGCCUCCCCGAGCUCCUCCAGCGGCUUAGAGGUUCUCCUUUCCACUCUGCAGAAUGCAGGGGAUGUGGAGAGCACCUUAAAUAUCCUCAAUGUCCUGGAUGAACUUCUGUCCGCUGGUACAGAUCGUCGUAUCCAAUAUAUGAUCAGCAAAGGCGGCAGCGAGGCCUUGCUGACUGCACUGGUCAACACCGGCCGCGGUUUCAGUCCCAACUACACCAUCUUGAUGCCACUGCUGCACCUGCUGGCUAAAGUUGGACACAGAGACCGCCGUAUAGGUAUGAAAGCAGAGGAGGCUGGAGCUGUGCUGCUGACCCUGAAUCUGCUCAAACACAACAUCAAACAUGCCAGGAGGGCUGCAGCCUGCCUCUGGGUCAUCCAAGUCUUCUCUUCAUCAGUUUCUACAGCAAACCUAAUAGGAGAAAACCACGGACUGGAUGUCAUCUACUGCCUCAUCCCUCAGUAUACCACCAAACAUCUGCACACCAUCAAGGCAGCCAUAAAUGCCUUUUCUGCUCUGCUGUGCACAAAGGCUAACGUUUGCUCAGUGGUAUCUAAGGGUUACAUCUCUGGCCUCUUGCGGCUUUACGAGGACUGGCACAACAAGGAUACUCAACAUAUUGCCAUAACAAUCUGCCACGCACUUCUGCGCUGCCUCCAUAAGGUCACCCACAGUACUGCAGGCAGACAGGCUUUCAUAUCCCAGGGAGGCUGUAGACUGCUAUAUCAAACUACACAGACAUGUUUGUUGAGUAAAGGUCUGGAGUCUCUGGUGGAGCCCUCUGUGCAGCUGAUGAGGAAGUGUCUUCCUAAAACUCGCCUACCACUAACAUCAGAUCAGUCUGCAUACACCUUCCCCCUGCCUGGAAGACCACAUGCUGUCCCUGGUAUGGCCGUGGCACCAGAUGAGAGCAGUGAGGAGAGUGAUGAUGAGGAGGCUGAAGAUAACCAAGAGGCAAACAGCAAAGACUAUGAUGACGACUUGGAGACUGAUCUGAACAAACUUCGUCUUCGUCCUGAUCCAGACAGACCCACAGAGCUGCUGCCACAGUACAGUCACCUCUGUCCUGAACUCUCACAUGACUUCCAGGAGCUGGAUUUGAGUUCAGAGCCAGAGGAGAGUUCAACAGCAUCAUCAUCGUCUUCAUCAGAUGAGGAAGCAGGGCUGCUCAACUGUUUACCCUCUCGCUCCUCCAGGAGGGACAGGAGGAGUACUGCCAGCAGUGAUUUGUCCAUCUCCUCUUCAGGGUCUCACUCAGAGACAGAAACGUCCACAGAGGGACACACAUCAGCUGCUGCCCAUUUAGAAGCUCAUGAUUUCCACAGUCACAGCAGCAUCCUCAGCACCAGCUCCAGCUUUAGGACCAUGGUUAGAGAGGCAAGGAAAGAAGCCCCCCCAGGUCAGAGUGUGGAUGAACAGGAUGAUGAGGAGGGGGGAGCAGAAGAAUCCCACCAUCGUACGAUGAUAGACAGGUUAUUGGAGAGACACGGAGCCUGUAUCCCCCACCAUGAACCCAAGCUGUACCGCGCUGCAGCCGCCAAAACCAAAUCUAUUCCAGGGUUCAGCAUCCUGGCUUUCCCUGAUUUCUGGGGUCACCUCCCACCACCAGGACAUGAACCCAUGGCGCCACGCAAGCCCAACAUACAAAGGCAGAAAGUGUUUGAAGAUAUCCAACGUUUCCUGAAUACUGAUGACAUCAUCAACCAGGUAGUGUUUGACCUGGAAGAUGGCAGUCUUCAGUGUCCAUCUGAUUCCUUGAGGUUUUUCUCUAAGUUUGAAUGUGGGAACCUAAGGAAAGCUAUUCAGGUCCGCAGAUAUGAAUAUGACCUCAUAUUGAAUGCGGAUGCAAACUGUUCCCAGCACACCCAGUGGUUUUACUUUGAAGUCAGUAACAUGGUGGCAGACGUCCCCUACCGUUUUAAUAUCAUCAACUGUGAAAAGAGCAACAGCCAGUUCAACUAUGGAAUGCAGCCGACGCUGUACUCAGUAAGAGAAGCUCUGGAAGGUAGACCACACUGGGUCAGGAUUGGAACUGAAGUUUGUUAUUUCAGAAACCACUUUUGUCCAGCUCGGGGCAGAAGGAGAGCAACCUUUUAUACUCUGACCUUUACCAUCACCUUCAAACACAAUGAGGACGUCUGCUACCUGGCCUACCAUUACCCCUACACAUUCUCUGCUCUGAAGGCUCAUCUGAAGGUGCUGCAGAAAUCAGUGGAUCCUGCCAUGGUGUUUUUCCGGCAGCAGAUUCUUUGUGGCACUUUGGCUGGAAACUCUUGUCCAGUGGUCACCAUCACUGCCUGUCCUGCCAGCAGGGGCUGGAAAGACAUGCACCAGCUACGUAAUCGUCCCUGUAUCGUGCUAACAGGCCGUGUCCAUCCUGGUGAGUCCAAUGCCAGCUGGGUGAUGAAGGGUACCCUAGAGUUUCUGUGCAGCAGUGACCCGGUGGCCCAGAGUCUGAGGGAGGCCUUUGUCUUCAAGAUUAUCCCCAUGCUCAACCCAGACGGAGUCAUCAAUGGCACGAAUCGCUGUGAUCUGAACAGUGAGGAUCUGAAUCGUCAGUGGUGUAAACCAGACCCCAUCCUCAGUCCAACUAUCUACCACACCAAGGGCUUCCUCUACUACCUCAACAGUAUAGGACGAACUCCGUUGGUUUUCUGUGACUACCACGGCCACUCUAGGAAGAAGAAUGUUUUCCUUUAUGGAUGCAGUGUUAAAGAGACUCUCUGGGAGUCUGGCUCUGCUGUUGACACUGUAGGAUUGAAAGAGGACCCUGGAUAUAGGACCAUUCCAAAGACCUUGGAUCGUAUUGCACCGGCCUUUUCUUUCAACAGCUGCAACUAUUCGGUGGAGAAGUCUCGAUCUGCCACAGCCAGGGUGGUUGUCUGGAGGGAAAUGGGCGUGCUGAGAAGUUAUACCAUGGAGUGUACUUACAAUGGUUGCGACCAGGGAAUAUACAAGGGCCUGCAGACAGGAACCAGGGAGCUGCAGGAGAUGGGUGUGAAGUUCUGCCAAAGUCUGCUGUCUGUAACCAAAGACAUGAAGGCUCUUUACAUCAGGAGACUCAUCACCCACGUUGACCUGGACCACAACAUCCUGGACCACAAGUCUCACAACUGUUUUGAAGAUGAUGAGCCUCCAUGUGUCGAGGAGAUUGAGUAUUCCACAGACUGUCCUGCACUUACAAGCACUGAUCUGGAUUCCGAUGUCAACAGCAACAUGGCCAAUGCUGACGAAGAGGAGGAGGGUGAUGAAGGACACGGGAGCAAAAUAUCUGCGAGGCAGUGCUGGCCAAUCGCCACAGUCAAGCAUUAAGACCCACAUGUUGCCUCACUUGAUCAGACAGGCGUCCAUCGAGACACUCAGUGGGAAAAGCAACACAUGUAAUGGUGUGAGCAUCGCCAAUGAACAAAUGAGUUAAAGGAAUAUUUCAAGAUUUUGGUUUGUUACUAGAGAUAGAGAUGAGACUGUCAGUUUUUCUCUAAAAGGUCUUCUAAGCAUUGUAGGCUUUCCUCCUGGGUAAUACCUGGGUAAAUGAUAACCCAACCCUUGAAGUUUAGUUUGUGUUUAACGUAUCAUUUCUUUCAAGCCUCACCACAAGCUUGUUGUUGAAGAUAAAAGGUACCAAUACAUAAAACUUAAGUGAUCCUUAAAUAAAAUUUAAUUUCAAUAUAUUACUAAAUAAAGUAACACUUUAUUGUAACCCUCACUAUUUAGGGUUCCAAGCUUGAGUGGGCUGGGUACCACAAAUGCAACUCAUCGUGGUGCCCUAUUGAAAUAGCUCAGAUUAUUAUUUUUAUUAUUAUUAAUUAUUAUUAUUAAUUAUUUUAAUAUUUUUUUCCCCAUUGGUAAAAGUGGUACUGCAGCCCACACUGUAAGAGUUAUGUGAGUGAAAUUCACCGGGGAGGUACUGGUGCACACACCUCAGACACCAAAAGCCAUGAGUCCGAUCUGCACCAAAUUUUGCUUGUGGAAUCUUUGGACCCUCAUGAUCCAAAGUUAUCAAAAGAAUUUUGAUACUCCAAAAAAUGCGCAAGUUAUAAAGGAACGACUUCCUGUAGGUUGCAGUGAAACAGGAAGUGAUGUCAUAUCUCCAUUAAGGUUUGUCCAAUUAACACGAAACUUGGGCCAGUACUCCCCAUGCCCCACAUUGUGGAUUGGCCACUAGGUAGUGUUACAAAUGCAAAAAGUUUAUAUCUUGUAAUCGGCUGCAUGGAUUCGUAUGAAAUUGAUCUAGGGUCAUGACUCAGUUGAUGACUAAAAUUUGGUAAUUAAUUAAAGUGGGCGUGGCUUAUUACAACAAAUGUAAAUUUCUAGUAAAUUUCACAUUCCAAACUUUAAAAAAAAUCUCAAUCAGCCGUACAUCCUACAGAGCUGAAUUUUUACAGCACAUCCACUGACAAGUUUCCUCACUGCAACCUAUGAUCAAAUAAGAAGUCCAUCACUUUUAAGAUAUGAACAAAUCUACACAUAGGUCAGUCCGAUUAACAUAAACUUGGCUCAGGGGGCUGCAUGUUGCGACUUGUACCGGGGGCUUGGCCCAUGUUAAUACCUGCUUGCAGGUCUAAUUAGCAUUUAUGAGUAUAUAAACAUUUAAUAAAUGGGAUAUAUCAAUGUGUUUGUAAGCAGAUAUAAAAAACAUUUUAAGUGUUUAGUAAAGUACAUUAUUUAUCAACAUUUUCAAUAAAUUCUAUAUAUUGUAAAACUGUGUUUUACUAAAUGAUCUAUUUAUUCAACAGCCUCUGAGUAUGGGUGUCCAAAAGAGGAGUUAUAGUUGUUAACAAAUACAUUAAUAAACACUUAGAUCUUCCUACAAUUAUAUAAUGGUUGGUAAGAAAUGUAUUAGAAUUUGUUACAUGUUCAUGUACUGAUUAUAAAGGAUAAACAGGGGGACUUAAACUGAAAUGUGACCUUAAAUACAGGUUUUACAGAAAUAAAUUUGGAGGGUGUUGAGAGGUCCAGCUGAAGGAAAUAUGGCCGAGCCUCAACCCUUGAAUUCCCCACGUAACUUUGAUACACAAUUAAGAGCGAUAAUUAAACAAUGAACACAAAAAAAGAAUUAAAUAACUUUGUUUCCAUCUCAGACAGUUUGCACUUUGCUGACAGCUGCACCCACAACAGCGGCAGGCCAUACUUGACCACAGCAUCCUGUCCAACAUAUAGCAGCACCAGUGUGACCUAUGCUAAUGGUUGCACUAACAUCGUGUUAUUUUCUACUGUGCAAUGUCCCCAGGUUGUGACCAACAUCGUCUUUUUCAGCCUUAUGGAUGUUUAAAAAUAGUGAUUACUUAUUAGAGACAAGCUUUUUAAGCAAUUUUAAGUAACUUGUAAUUUUUAGAAAGGGUGGCCCAACCAGUUAUUAGGUUUAGGAAGCCUUUUUCACACAGGGCCAUGUAGGUUUGGAUUUUGA